UCUGCAGAUUAAUCGGAAGGUUCGAGGGUUUUCCAGGAUGUCCAGCCCGGCGAGGAGCGGGGACAUCACCCACCUGAACGUGGGGGGGAAGAGGUUCAGCACGUCCCGCCAGACGCUCACCUGGGUUCCAGACUCCUUCUUCUCCAGCCUCCUGAGCGGCCGCAUCUCCACCCUGAAGGACGAGACCGGAGCGAAACUUAAAGGCAAAGAGAGACCCACAAGUUUUUGUUGUGAUCACUGCAAGAAAGUCUUCACCACUUCAUCAGGUCUGAGAAAACAUAAGAUGAUUCACACUGGAGAUAAACCGUUCACUUGUGAUCAGUGUGGAGCAGCUUUUACCCAACGAGGUCAUCUAAGGACUCACCAACAUAUUCACACGGGAGAAAAACCAUUUAGGUGUGAUCAAUGUGGAGCAGCUUUUACCACAUCAAGUUAUCUAAGGACUCACCAACGUAUUCACACUGGAGAAAAACUGUUUAGGUGUGAUCAGUGUGGAGCAGCUUUUACUGAGUCAGGAAAGCUAAAGAUUCACCAACGUAUUCACACUGGAGAUAAACCGUUUAGGUGUGAUCAGUGUGGAGCAGCUUUUACCACAUCAAGUGAUCUAAGGAUUCACCAACGUGUUCACACUGGAGAUAAACCAUUCAGAUGUGAUCGGUGUGGAGCAGCUUUUACCACAUCAGGUAAUCUAAGGACUCACCAACGUAUUCACACUGGAGAUAAACCGUUUAGGUGUGAUCAGUGUGGAGCAGCUUUUACCACAUCAGGUAAUCUAAGGACUCACCAACGUAUUCACACUGGAGAAAAACCGUUUAGGUGUGAUCAGUGUGGAGCAGCUUUUACCCAACGAGGUCAUCUAAGGACUCACCAACAUACUCACACUGGAGAUAAACCGUUUCGGUGUGAUCAAUGUGGAGCAGCUUUUACCACAUCAAGUUAUCUAAGGAUUCACCAACGUUUUCACACUGGAGAAAAACCGUUUAGGUGUGAUCAGUGUGGAGCAGCUUUUACCACAUCAAGUGAUCUAAGGACUCACCAACGUAUUCACACUGGAGAAAAACCGUUUAGGUGUGAACAGUGUGGAGCAGCUUUUACUGAGUCAGGAAAGCUAAAGAUUCACCAACGUAUUCACACUGGAGACAAACCAUUCAGAUGUGAUCAGUGUGGAGCAGCUUUUACCAGACAAAGUGAUCUAAGGACUCACCAACGUGUUCACACUGGAGAUAAACCGUUCAGAUGUGAACAGUGUGAGGCAGCCUUUACCACAUCAAGUCAGCUAAAGAAGCACCAACGUACUCACACGAGUGAUAAACUCUAAAGAUGUGAUCAGUAUGAAGUGUGGAAUUGCAAAAAACAUCUCAGCACAGCAAAAAAAGCAAAAUAAUCAGACAACGGCAUACCUAAAACUUGAAAGACCGACAUAUGAUGCCCCCUGGACACCUCCUGGGAAGGUGUUCCUGGCAUGUCCCACCAGGAGAAGAUCCAGGACACACCGGAGGGAAUGUCUUUUGGCUGACCUGGGAACGUCUCUGGAUCCCUCCAGAAGAGCUGGAGGAAAUGUGUGGGGUGAGGGAAGUCUGGACAUCUCUGCUCAGACUGCUGCCCCCGCUAACCAGUCCCACAUCAAGUGGAUGAAGAUGGAUGGAUGGACAAAAUCCAUAUAUCUGCAAAAAGCACAAAUUUAUUGUAACAUCAUUCUGAGAUACAGAAUGUAAUCUAACUAUAGCAUUAACUAUUUCACAAAUACUGCAUUAGCACAUCUCUAACAUCUCUUCCUCCUCUCCACCCCGAGCCACUGCCACCACUGGCUGAAGUUUUGCUGCUGCAGGUUCAUCCUAUGAUGUUUCUGUCGAGACACAUUGUCACGGGAAGCUCCAGCUUCCUACCUCCUGCAGGGCUUCGAACUGGACUCAACACCUUUUGAAGUAGCUUCAACUUCCUACCCAGCUUCCUACCCCCCUGCAGUGACGACACCUGGGAAGUUGCUUCAAACAGACUUGAAUCACGAGAACACCCUAUGGGUAAUUUAUAAGUUAGUGACAGUCAGGCCAAAUGCCCAAUGGGGACAUUUGGCCACAGAUCACAUCCAACUGUGAAUUGCUUUUCGUCUGUCACUUGGCUUGUGUAUUCCCUGCCUUUUUGCGCUUUGAAUUUACUGUAUAAAAGUCUUGACGUCGAGCCACUCUGAGUCAGCACACCAAUUCAGACCUGAUCUGUGCUGGUCAUGCCCACCGCCGGCUACUGAAUAAAACUCACUACACCACAAGCGGACUUCUGAACUGGUUUUUGAUAAAUUCCUCAACAUUUCAUACGUUUUUCCAUGAAUUUCACACAGAUUAUUUAGUGGACAGGAAGUCAUCACCAUUCAUUUCACCAGUUGGACAUCACAGAAGGAAACCUGCUGAAUUAAUCUUCCACAACCAUUCGUGCUCGGUUGACUUUGUGCUUAAAGACUGACUGCUGUCAGUCGUCCAGGGUCAUGAAAUGGUUUCAAGAGCCAGUCCUGCAAAGGAUAAGUAGAGUCUCCAAGAAGGAAAUACCCAGCAGUCACUGUGUAUUCCUGAUGUGAGCUAGGAAGUUGUUCCUCCCACUGGCUAACUCCUGUGUAUGUAUUAUAUAUGUAAUCAACCAUUUGUCCUUGAGAGCUGAACUUUCAGGAUCGAUUCCUUGAAUGCUUUGCUAAAUUUGCCCCUUUUAACAUUUCUUUAUAUUUUGAUGUUAAAUCUACUGUUUUUGGCAAUUUAUGUACAUUUAAUUAAUUUCAGUACCCUUUUACCUGAAGUCUCCAUUAACACCAAACUUGACACAAUGAAUUUCUUUGGAUUGUACUUGUCAAGCCUAACACGUUUGAGGACAAUUUGUCAAAAAACGUAAUCGUACAGGAAUAUAUCAUUUUUAUAUCAUAUUUAUUAAAAAGAUCAUAACCGUGUUACCAGUCUGUAUGGAUAUUUAGUAAAAAAAAACGUCAGAUGUUCAAAAAGUUAUUUGAACGUAGAAAGUUUUGGUCCUUCACUCACACAUUAAGGCUGGUGGACGCACUUUUCUGAGGUUUGGUCCGUUGGCGACACUCACUGGUGAUGCAGUGGAGUGCAGAAUAUGAGGAAACGUGACGUCAUCAAUAAGUUCACGACCACGUGAAGGACACGACAGACCUGGACCAGGACCAGGACCAGGACCUGGACGCAGGCCAGAACGCAGCUCCCGAGGCUCCGGCCUGCAAACAUGCACAAAAGAAAAAAAAGGGGGGGCGGCACAAGAAACUACAGGAACGAUGGACAAAAACGAUAGCUAUGAGAUAUUUAUAAUAAAUAAAAAUGGUAAUGGAGAAGAAAGGAAGGGAAAAGUAGAGGAGAAGAAGGGUGAGAGGCACCGCCCAGCGGAUCAUGUCGGUGCCCCCUGCAGCAUAGGCCUAUAGCAGCUGUAGGGCGUCGCCAAUAUGCCCAUAUUAAAAAACGCAGCCAUCUUUAUGCAGCCACAAUAUUUUAAACCGUACAUGUUCGUGAUAUCAUUUUUAUUAUUGCUUUGAUUUCUUUUUUUUAUUCCAUGCAUUUAACUUUCAUUUCAUUUUUAUUGAUUGUUGUUUUUCUAGUUAAUUAAUUGUUUUAUAAUAAGUAGUAUGCCAUCAGAAUUAUUUGGGGUGUUCCGUUUACCAUCUUUUGACACCUAUAUGUAAAUAAAUUCUGAUUGAUUUUUAA